CAAUGGUCCCCUGCAAUCUUUCUUUUGUAAACUGCGCUUGCGCAAUGCCCUUAAAAAUGGCAGUUUUGCGAUCACCAAUUUAUUAACUGCGCAGGCGCAGUGCCCAUAACGGUCUGUAUCAGCCUGAGCUGUGGCAGGGUCUGUGAUGGAGAGUUUUUGGGAAUUCAUCCGUACCGAUUCAGACAUAUCUUUACUCUAGAUAAAUCUAGACGUGAAAAGCCGUGCCUCGGCCUGGAUACUGAAAACAAGAUGCAGCCUGUGCCUUUAAGAGAAAUGAAUGGAGGGGGAGCUAUACAUUAUGGUGCAGUGAACUUGUUUGGAUCCGUCCGGGCUGCAGCCUUCCAGCUCUAUGUACUAAAACUGCUGACUAUUCACUAGAUUAAAAAAUCCCCUCCGGCAUCCAAGUAACCUUCGCUUUACCUGGGAGAAUAAGCUCAGUUGCAGAGGUUUACAGUGCAGCUGGAUCAUCCCGUGUCAGCCUACAGAAUAUGUGCUGCUGACCUUAUUCAGGAAGGAAGAAAGACAAGAGGAAGAAUUUUUAUUUCUGUACCAGCUGCACAGAGAGAAAAGAAAAAUAAGGGCCACCAUAAACAAUAUCCUGUGUUAAAAAAAAAUGUUGGUGGGGUAGAGGAAAUUUGUCUGCUCAGCUUACCUAAAUCAUUUUGAUAUAAUAAAAGUCAAUUGGACAGUAAGAGAAUAGAGGAAAUGAGAAGGUCUGAGAGACGGAAAGAAGACGUACUCGGGUACCACACAGAUUGAAACUCAGUGCUGUUGAUCUCAAGGUCCAACAUCAAAGAGUCAAUCUAGAACACCAGUCAUGGAACAAUAAAAACUAAUAAUUCCAUGUACCACUAUAAAAAGUAAAAGGAUGGAACGUAUGGAUAUAAGGUUGUCCAGAGUUACCGUCCUACAUGAAUAUGUUGGUUGUAGGACUUUUGAGGUGCCUGCAACAAUUCUCGUUGAAGACAUCAAGCAUUUGAUCUAUGGAGAAACUCAUUUUCCCGUCUCAGAACAGCGGCUUCUGUUCCGCAAUAAAGAGCUGUGCAACAGGACACGAAUUGGAGACCUGCCUUCUUCAGAUUCCAAUAUAUUUUUAAAUCUGCAAUCAAAAGGACUCAGUGGAGGAGGUAAAUUUGGACAGACAACUCCUCCACUUGUUGACUUUCUUAAGGACAUUUUAAGAAGAUAUCCUGAGGGAGGGCAAAUCCUGAAGGAGCUGAUACAAAAUGCUGAAGAUGCCGGUGCUAGCGAAGUCAGGUUUAUGUAUGAUGAAACAUGCUAUGGCACAGAAUCGCUUUGGUCAAAAGAAAUGGGCCAGUAUCAGGGACCUGCACUUUAUGUAUACAACAAUGCAGUUUUCACAACGGAAGACUGGAGUGGAAUUCAGGAAAUCGCAAGAAGUCGCAAAAAAGACGACCCACUUAAAGUUGGACGAUUUGGAAUUGGAUUUAAUUCUGUUUAUCACAUAACAGAUGUUCCCAGUAUUUUUAGUGGUGAUCAGAUUGGAAUGUUGGAUCCCCAUGAGUUACUUUUUGGUCGUCAUGAAUCAGGCCAGUGCUGGAACAUUAAAGAUGACCGCAAAGAAAUUUGUGAUCUCGUGGACCAAUUUGCACCAUACAUUGGUGUUUUUGGCAGCAGCAAGGAAACUUUUGCUGAAGGUUAUUUUCCAGGAACCUUUUUUAGAUUCCCGCUUCGUGUCCAGCCUUCUUUAUUAAGCUCUAAUUUGUACAACAAGGAAAAGGUUCUGGAACUGUUUGAGUCUUUUAGGGCUGAUGCAGACACUGUACUACUUUUCCUGAAAAAUGUGCAGAAAGUUUCUUUGCAUAUUCGUGAGCGAGAUGGGUCAGAAAGACUUCUGUUUCAAGUAACAGCUAGUGAGAACAAGUCACUGAAACAUGAGCGUCCCAACUGUAUCAGAAUGCUUGAAAAAGCGAUUGAUGGCUACUGUAAGAGCGUUCCCAGCAACAGCAUAACUUGUGUAGCCUACCAUGUAAAUAUUGCUGUAGAGGAUGAAAGUGUCAACGAAUCACAGACAUCAUCUUGGUUGGUUUGUAAUGGUGUUGGAGGCCGGGGUAUAUGCAGUGAAUUAGACCGUCUUGCCGAUGACUUAAAAUUUGUUCCAACGAUUGGGAUUGCCAUGCCUCUGUUAAAUUAUGGAGAAGAAAAGGGGGCUGAAUCUGAAUUUAUAGGUAGAGCUUUUUGUUUUCUCCCAUUGCCUCCAGGGGAAGAAAGCAAAACAGGUCUUCCAGUUCACAUCAGUGGGUUCUUUGGUUUAACUGAUAACCGUAGGAGCAUCAAAUGGAGAGAACUGGACCAAUGGCGCGAUCCUGCUGCUCUUUGGAAUGAGCUUUUGGUGAAAAACGUUGUUCCAAAAGCAUAUACCACCCUUAUUUUGGAAGCAAUCAAGAGGAUAGGGACAGGAAUGAAUCCUGAUUUUCCUCUGUCUGCAGAGAGUAUUUACAGGGUUUGGCCAGAUGUGGACAAAGUGAGGACACACUGGAAGCCUGCCAUAGAACCUCUGAUAAAGGAUUUGUUACAAAAUGCAGUCAUAUACUCAUCCAAUAAAUGCUGGCUAAAAGAAUCAGAUGUAAACUUCUCAGAACUUGAUGAAAGUAAAGAAUACUCAAAAACAAUCCUAAACUACCUCCAGAUCUCAGGGACUAAAACAGCUAAGGUACCAGCUAAUGUUGCUGCUGCAUUCCAGGUUCCUAUCAAUAGUUCUAAACAAGUGAAGAAGGUAUCUCCGGCACUUCUGCGUCAAGUAUUAAGAAAGUGUGGGCAUAAAGGACCAGCUCACGAGAAGCUUCACCUGCUUGAGUUUGUACUUUGUGACCAGAGCUACAGUGAACUCAUUGGACUUGAGCUGCUUCCUCUACAAAAUGGAAAAUUCAUUCCUUUCUCUUCUUCUGUAUCAGAUAAAGAUAUAAUUUAUAUGACAUCAGAUGAGUUCCCCAGAACUUUGUUUCCUGGACUUGAAGGAAGGCUUCUCUUGGAUAACCUGAAGCCUGAAAUUCUGACAGCCUUAAAGGAAGCUUCAUCAAGUCGAGGAAGACCAUGCACUCAGCUGCAACUAUUGAAUCCUGAACGUUUUGUUCGCCUUAUUAAAGAAGCUAUGAAUAUGAUAUGGCCCACUAGAGAUUUAGUUGUCAAGUGGCUUCCAGGGAAGGAUAAGAAACAUCCCGCCAUAACCUGGAUUAAAAUGGUGUGGAAGAUUUUGUACAUGCAUUUUUCAGAUGAUUUAACGUGCCUGGAUGAUAUGCCACUCAUUCCUACCAAAAUACUAGCAGAGGAUGAAACAUCUCUGGAGCUUAUUCGUCUGAGGACGCCAUCACCUGUAAUUUAUGAUGAUGAAUCUGAUGCCCAACUUCCAGAACAUUUGCCUGAAAUAAUUAAGAUCCUUGGUGGGAUUGUUAUGAAGAAUAUGGAUCCUUCCAUACAGCAUCCUCUACUCAAGAAAUAUGUUUACCCACCUACGCCCAGCGCUCUUCUUCAAAUAAUGGAUAGGAUGUCUUUACAAAAACUGUCCAGUCAAGUUGCCUCAUUAAGUCCAAUUCACAAAGAUUCUCUAAGAAAAUUCCUUGCUAGCUUGACAGAUAUUAAUGAGAAAGAAAAGAAAAUUAUACAAGAAUUGUCGGUGUUUCGAAGGAUCGAACAGUCCUCGCAACAAAAAAACUCUUUUGUUUUUCUCAGAGGCUGCAAAGUUCUGCAUCACAAUGCCAAACUUCCACCGAAUGUCAAGCUUUCUUUCCCUAUAAUCGAUAGCAGUGAUGAAGAAACAAUUCGGCUGACCAAGAUGCUGAAAGUUGAACAGGUGAAAACCAUAGAGUGUCUAAAACUAAUCCUACAAGACGUAGAAAAGGGUUUCUAUUCAGGGGAAGAGAUAACAAACAUAAUGCUUUGGGUUCUUGAAAAUUUGACUUUCCUAAAAAAUGAAAAUGCAGCAGUAAUUAACUGGCUAACAUCUCUUAAAUUAAUACCGGUACUGAAAGACAAGUUUGUGGCAGCAAGUGAGCUUUAUGAUCCCGAAGUGGAUAUUCUACAGAGCCUGUUUUGUGCUGAAGAUCAGAUUUAUUUUCCACCUGCGGCUUUUCUGUCUUCAGAUGUUUUGCACUCCCUUAGGCAAAUAGGUUUAAAGAAUGAGUCUCAUUUGUUGGAAAAAGACAUUAUUCAGGUUGCAAAGAAAAUUGAAGCUUUGAAUGGUGCAUCUGCUAAAAAUCAUGACAUUGUUGUCAAAAAAGCAAAAACUUUGCUGACCAUCCUGAAGAAGCAUCAUAAACUGUUGCAAUCAACAGAAGCAAAAGCAAUGUUGAAAAAGAUCAGAUGGAUUCCUGCUGUGAAAGAGCGACCACCAAAUUAUCCCAACUCUUUGGUUUGGCUAGGAGACAACUUUAAGCUAUACUCCCCCGGUGAAAUGUGUGAUAUUUCUUACGCUAUUCUGAUUGGUUCUUCUGUGCCGCUUGUAGAGAACAUGAAUGAUACCAUUGAGAAAACUCUUGGUGUUGUCAACACUCCUAACAUUGAAGCAGUUCUGCAACAUUUAAAAGUUGUUGUAGACUGGAAUAAUUCAAAUACUAAUACAGAUGAAAAUUAUUAUCAGUUUCAGCAUAUACUCAUGGAAAUAUACAGCUUUAUGCAGGGCUGCCUGGAAAAGGGCAAAGAAUUGUUUAAAGUCCUUUCAUUUCCCUGGGUGUGGACAGGCAAAACAUUUUGUUUCCCCAAACAGGCCAUCAUAACAUCUUUCCCCAGCCUUGAUCUGCAGCCAUACCUGCAUAGUGUACCAAAGACAAUGGUGAAAUUCCACAGGCUGUUCAAGUUCUGUGGUUCAAUUGAGCAACUGACCCCUGAACACGUUUUUCUGGUUAUCGAAAAAAUAUAUGAGCAAAGUCUUCAAAAAAUGGAUAAAGAAGAAAACAAACAGAAUCUUAAUAUUAUGCUGAACAUUGUCAGAUGGUUAUACAGCCACCAAAUUCCUACAAGCUUAAACACACCGUUACCAGUCCAUUUUAACAAAGACCCUUCAAAGAUUGUAAUGAGGCCUAUUCACGAAUGCUGCUACUGCGACAUCAAAGUAGAUGACCUCAAUGAUCUGCUGGAAGAUUCAGUAGAGCCGAUAAUAUUGAUACAUGAAGACAUACCAAUGAAAACAGCGGAGUGGCUGAAUGUACCGUGCUUAAGUACCAGGCUAAUCAACCCUGAAAAUAUGGGAUUUGAACAAUCAGGCCAAAGAGAACCUCUCACGGUAAGGAUCAAGAAUAUUUUGGAAGAAUAUCCUUCGGUAUCUGAUAUCUUUAAGGAACUGCUUCAAAAUGCUGAUGAUGCGUCAGCCACCGAGUGCAAUUUUAUGAUUGAUAUGAGGAGGAAUAUGGAUAUAAGAGAAAAUCUUUUAGAUCCAGGAAUGUCAGCCUGCCAUGGACCUGCUUUGUGGUCAUUCAACAAUUCCGAGUUUACAGACAGAGACUUUCUAAACAUAACAAGACUGGGAGAGUCAUUGAAAAGAAGCGAGGUUGACAAAGUAGGAAAAUUUGGUUUAGGCUUCAACUCUGUGUAUCACAUUACGGAUAUCCCUAUCAUCAUGAGCAGGGAAUUCAUGAUCAUGUUUGAUCCUAAUAUUAAUCAUAUUAGCAAACACAUUAGAGACAAGUCUAACCCGGGUAUUAAAAUUAAUUGGAGCAAGCAACAGAAAAGGCUCAGAAAGUUUCCAAACCAAUUCAAACCCUUCUUGGGGGUUUUCAGCUGUCACUUGCCACUCGCAGUAGAGGCUCCUUAUUCUUAUAAAGGAACUCUUUUUAGACUGUCUUUUAGAACGCAGCAAGAAGCCAGAGUAAGUGAAAUCAGUAGUUCGUGUUACAACACAGCAGAUAUUUACACUCUUGUGGAUGAAUUUAGCUUAUGUGGCUAUAGACUUAUCCUCUUUACUCAAAAUGUAAAUGCAAUGGUUUUGAAAUACCUAAAACCUGAGGAAUCAGACCCAGAUUUGGCACAAGACACAGUAACCAUUAAAAAAACAUUGUGCACUUCCAAGGUUUUAACAACAACUGCCAGGAUUUUGAGCGAAGCAGCAAAAGUGAUGCACACUUGCCGCACUACUAAAAUACUUCCAACGGAAAUGCCAAAGUCCUCAUGCAUCUUGAACAUUGUCGUUGAAGAAUUCCAUCAUGUGUUCAGACGCAUAGUUGAUCUCCAUUCUCCUUUAUUUAGAGGCCCAGAAGAUGACCCAGCUACCAUUUUUGAAAACGCAAAGUCUGGUCAAUCUAAAAGAACAAAUGAGGAGUUGCCACAAAAAACUGUGGAAUCUACCACAUGGCUGCUAUGUUCUUGCAUGGACAUUGGAGAAGCAUUAAAAUUUUCAUUGAGUGAAAGUGGACAAAGACUUGGACUUGUCCCUUGUGGUAGCGUUGGAGUGAUGCUUUCUGAAAAUCAAGAAAAGAAAUGGACUGUGAAGCCUUUUUCAAAUAACAUUGGAGAAGUUUUUUGCUACCUACCGCUUCGAAUAAAAACUGGCCUGCCUCUUCAUAUUAAUGGCUGUUUUGCUGUAACAUCCAAUCGGAAAGAAAUAUGGAAAACCGACACCAAGGGAAGAUGGAAUAUUGUGUUCAUGAGACACGUGAUUGUUCGCUCUUACUUAGAGGCGUUAUGUGUUUUACGAGACAUGUCAAUCAGUGGGGAGCUAUUAAACUAUAGCUACUACUCAGUGUGGCCUGAUCCAGACUAUGUCCAUGAUGAUUUCUCUAUAAUUUGCCAAGGGAUUUAUGAAGACAUUGCCAAAAGGAAAGGCAAAGACCGCAUGAAGGUGUUUUCGGAUGGAUCUUCCUGGGUUUCCAUGAAGUAUGUGAGAUUUCUAGAUGACUCCUUACUUAAGAGAACUGAUAUUGGGCCACCAGCCUUUCAGAUUUUCCUGAAGUACCUGAAAAAGACAGGUUCAAAAAAUCUGUGUGCUGUUGAACUACCUUCCUGGGUAAAGAAUGGUUUUGUGGAGGCAGGAUGUCAAGAUGUACUUCGUGAAAAUACGUUUUCUGAAAGGCAGUUUUUUUCAGAGGUGUUUUUUCCACAUAUUGAUGAAAUCCAGCCAGAGUUGCGGGAUCCUUUAAUGCUUUUUGUUUUAAAUGAAAGGCUACAAGAAUACAGGGAAAUCCUGCAAGUCACUCCAUGCAUCCCAUCAUCUGGUCCAGGAAAUCCGCUAGUCCUUCCUUCUAGAUUAAUUCAUCCCGAAGGUAGAGUAGCAAAGUUGUAUUAUGACAGUGAUGGACGAUUUCCAUUUGGAACUUAUCAAAAUUACCUUAACCCAGUGGUCUUGGUAAAACUGGUUCAGUUAGGCAUGGUAAAAGAUGAUAUUUUUUGGGAUGACUUGAUAGAGCGGAUUGAUUCAAUAACAGUAAUCAAUAAAAGUGAUCACACAGCAGCUUGCACAAGAAGCAAUAUCAUCUUAAGCCUGAUAGAUGAAAAACUGAAAUUCAGAGACCCACAGGCCAAAGAGUUCUGUAAAAAAUGUCAAAGUUCCCCUUUCUUGCCAUUUCUAGCAAAGCCUGCCGGAUUUAACUUACAUUGGAAAGGAAGUGACUACCAACCUGAAGAGAUGUUUCCUGCAACUGAACUUUAUACAGCUGAACAUCAAGACACUGUUUGCCUUUUGAAGCCAGUUCUUAAUGAAAAUUCCCCUUCGUUCAAGGGUUGUGGAUCAAUAUCGUUGGCUGUCAAGGAGUUUUUGGGUUUACUCAGGAAACCGUCGGUGGAGCUGGUGGUGGAACAACUAAAAGAAGUUGCAAAAUAUUCUGAUGGAAUUACAUUGUAUCAAGAGAAUAUAACGAAUUCCUGCUAUAAGUUUCUAAGCGAAGCAGUCCUACAAAGUGAAACAACAAAAACAAUGGUUGUUGGAGAAUUAAAGCAGUCUAAUUUCAUCCUUGUUGAGAACAUAUAUGUCAGCCCAGAAAGGGUUUCUUUUCAACUGAAUUUUGAUGCAGCACCUUACCUCUACCAGUUACCAAAUAAAUACAAAAACAACUUCAGAGAACUUUUUGAAAGUGUGGGUGUAAAGCGAGCAUUCACAGUGGAAGAUUUUGCAUUGGUUCUUAAAAUCAUAAAAGAUGAAAGCAAAGGUAAAAAAAUGACAGAAAAUAAUUUCCAGCUUUGUAGGAGGAUUGUUAGCGAAGGAAUAUGGGGACUAAUUCGAGAAAAAACUCUAGAAUUUUGUGAGAACAAUUAUGGCCAGAUACUCCUGCCAGAUGCCAAUCUUAACCUCCUACCAGCAAAAUCAUUAUGCUACAACGAUUGCCCAUGGAUUCAGGUAAAAGACUCUACAGUGAAAUAUUGUCAUUCAGAUAUCCCUCGAGAGGUGGCGGUAAAACUUGGGUCUAUACCAAAAAGACAUAAAGCUUUAGAAAGGUAUGCUUCUAACAUUUGUUUUACUACCCUCGGAACUGAAUUUGGCCAGAAGGAAAAACUUACUAGCAGAAUUAAAAGCAUUCUAAAUGCAUAUCCUUCAGAAAAGGAGAUGCUGAAAGAACUUCUUCAAAAUGCUGACGACGCAAAAGCUACAGAAAUAUGUUUUGUGUUUGAUCCGAGGCACCAUCCCACAGACAGAAUAUUUGAUGAGAAGUGGGCACCUCUGCAUGGACCAGCACUUUGUGUAUACAACAAUCAGCCUUUUACAGAUGAUGAUGUGAGAGGCAUACAAAACCUGGGAAGAGGAACAAAAGAAGGGAAUCCCUGCAAAACAGGACAAUAUGGCAUAGGCUUCAAUUCUGUUUACCAUAUUACUGAUUGCCCAUCAUUCCUUUCUUCAAAUGACAUAAUUUGCAUUUUUGACCCUCAUGCAAGGUACGCCCCAGGAGCAACUUCAACGAGCCCUGGUCGCAUGUUCAGGGACUUAGACACUGACUUCAGAACACAGUUUUCAGAUGUGCUAAACUUAUAUUUGGGGAACCUUUUUAGCCUCUCAAGUGCUACAAUGUUUCGGUUUCCACUUCGGAAUUCAGAAAUGGCCAAGACAUCAGAAAUUUGUUCAGCCCCUAGCUCAGAUAGGAUGGUUCAAAACCUGCUUGACAAGUUGCGGGCCGAUGGAGCAGAACUCCUGAUGUUUUUGAACCACAUGGAGAAAAUUUCAGUUUGCGAAAUAGAGAAGAACACUGGGGAGUUAAGAGUGUUAUAUUCUGUAAGGGGCAAGAUUACAGAUGGGGACAGGCUAAAGCGGAAGCAGUUUCACGCAUCUGUAAUUGAUAGCGUCACCAAGAAAAAGCAGUUGAAGGACAUACCUGUGCAACAGAUUACCUACACCAUGGACAUUGAAGACUCAGAGGGAAAUCUAACUACAUGGUUAAUCUGUAAUCGAUCAGGAUUCUCUAAUAUGGAAAGGGUGCUAAAAAGUGUUAUAUCGGCUCACAAAAAUAAAGACAUCACACUGUUCCCACGCGGAGGAGUUGCUGCUUGUAUUACUCACAAUUACAAAAAACCUUACAGAGCGUUCUGCUUUCUGCCCCUUUCUCUGGAAACGGGACUCCCGUUUCACGUCAAUGGACAUUUUGCUUUGGACUCUGCAAGGCGUAAUCUGUGGCGAGAUGAUGAUGGGGUCGGAGUAAGAAGUGACUGGAACAACAGCUUGAUGACUGCCUUGGUAGCUCCUGCAUACGUAGAACUCUUAAUUCAGCUGAAAAAACGCUAUUUUCCUGGUACUGACCCUACAAUAUCAGUGCUGCACAGCACUCCAAUACACACGGUAAAAGACAUUUUGAAAAAGUUCCUGUCGUUUUUCCCUGUAAACAGACUUGAUUUACAGCCAGAUUGGUACUGCCUUGUAAAGGCCCUGUACAUGUGUAUCUAUAUGGAUGGUAAACGUCUUUUACCCGUGGUGCGUGCCCCAAACGUCGAUGGCUCCGAUCUGCAGACCGCUGUCAUCAUUACAUGGGUUAAUAUGUCUGCAGUGAAUUCCGGGAAGCCAUUCUUCGACAACCUGCUCCAAGAUGAAUUACACCACAUGAAAAACAUCGAAUACAACAUAACGACGCGGAAAACAGUAGCCGAAAAUGUUUAUAGACUGAAACAUCUUCUUUUAGAAAUUGGCUUUAACUUGGUUUACUACUCUGAGGAGACCGCAAAUCUCUACCACUGCCUUGUCGAUGCAGGUAUACCUGUUAGCUAUGCAACUCCUUCAGAUGUUCGCAAUUUUUUGAUGACUUUCUCAUCUCCUGACAGUAAUUGCCAUAUUGGAAAGCUGCCAUGCCGUCUUCAACAAACAAACCUGAAACUAUUUCAUAGUUUGAAACUUUUGGUUGAUUAUUGCUUGAAAGAUGCAGAAGAAAGUGAAAUUCAGAUUGAGGGGCUGCCGCUUUUGAUUACUCUCGACAGCGUUCUGCAGACUUUUGAUUCAAAACACGCAAAGUUUUUAACAACUUACCAUGAACUCAUUCCAUCCCGUAAAGAUCUGUUCAUGAAUACUCUUUAUCUAAAAUAUACCAAUAUUUUGCUUUCUUGCAAAGUGGCAAAAGUUUUUGAUAUCAACAGCUUGUCCGAGUUGCUGUCAUCUGUGCUCCCCAGAGAAUAUAAAACUAAAGUGGUCGUUCAGUGGAAAGAAAAUUUUGCAAGUGAAUCGUGGUUAAAAAACGCAUGGCAUUUUAUCAACGAGACCAUGAACACCAAAGAAGAACAAACUGAUAUGAAUGCAACAUUUGAUACUGUAGUGGAUACACUGAAAGAUUGGGCUUUGCUUCCCGGUACCAAGUUUACUGUAUCUUCCAACAACCUUGUUGUUCCAGAGGGUGACGUAUUGCUACCUUUGAGUCUCAUGCACAUUGCGAUUUUUCCAAACGCACAGAGUGAUAAAGUGUUCCAUACCUUGAUGAAAACUGGCUGCAUUCAGCUUGCACUAAACAAAAUGUGCGCGAAAGACAAUGUCUUGCUGCCUCUCUUGUCGGUACACACUGCAAACAUUGACAAUCCAACCAGCAUACUCAAAGCCAUUCAACACAUGAUCCAGACUUCAACAUUCAAGACAGAAAAACUUGCAGAAGCUGAUUUUGACGCUCUUCUAAUGUACUUCAAUUGCAAUUUGAAUAAUCUAAUGUUGGACGAGGCUACCAGCAUUCUAAAGUUACUUCCGUGCUACAAGUCUGUCAGUGGCCGCUAUGUGACCCUUUCCAAGUAUGGAACCUGUUAUGUACUUACCAAAAGCAUUCCAUUAGCUGAGGUAGACAAGUGGUCUCACUCUUCAUCUUGUGCUUUCCUUGAAGAAAAAGUUAAUCUGAGGGAAUUGUACAGCGCUCUGGGUUGCGUCCCUGUUGAUGACCUUGAAAUUUAUUACAAACACCUUUUACCAAAGUUUGAAAACCUUUCCUAUAAUGCAAAAUUGGAGCACUUGAUUUACCUGAAAAACAGACUAUGCAGCAUUGAAGAGGCCUCAAGCAUGAAAGAACAACUGAAUGCCAAAUUGGAAGACCUUUCAUUCAUUCAUGAUGCUAAUGGUCGUCUUAGACCUGCCAAGCAUUUCUACGAUCGAACUGUCCGUGUUUUUGAGGUAAUGCUAUCUGAAAAAUUAUUUGUACCUCUGGAUUUCUUUAAAAAACUGGAACAAAUUACAAAACCUAAAAACCAAGCUGCUUUCCUUGUAUCAUGGAUCAAAUUUCUAAGAAAUAUAGGGCUAAAGCAUGUCAUUUCUCAGCAACAAAUGCUGCAGUUUGCAAAGGAAAUAAGCAUGAGAGCAAACACUGAAAGCUGGACCAAAGAAGUCCUGCAAAACACUGUAGAAGUUCUUCUUUAUCAUGUCUUCCAAGAAAGAACAGAUCUUCUAACAGGAAACUUUUUAAAGGAGCUGUCUAUGAUACCAUUUCUAUGCCCAGAAAGAGCACCUGCAGAACUUGUACGUUUUCACCCUCAAUAUCAAGAAGUAAAUGGCACACUACCACUUAUAAGAUUCAAUGGAGCACAGGUAAAUCCCAAAUUUAAACAAACAGAUGUCAUUCAGUUACUUUGGACGUCUUGCCCUAUCCUGCCUGAGAAAGCAACUCCAAUAAGCAUAAAAGAACAAGAAGGGACCAUUCUUGAUCCACAAGAACAGCUGGAACAAGUAUUAGCAUUGCUAAAUGUAAAUACUGACCCCUCACUUGACAAAGUCAUUAACAAUUGCCGAAACAUAUGUAACAUUACAGUGGUUGAUGAAGAGAUGGUAAAGACGAGAUCAAAAGUUCUCAGGAGUAUCUAUGAGUUUCUUAACACCGAGAAAAGAGAAUUCAAGUUUCAGCUGAGAGGUGUUGCCUUUGUCAUGGUUGAAGACGGAUGGAAGCUUUUAAAGCCAGAGGAGGUUGUAAUUAAUCUGGAAUUCGAAUCAGACUUUAAGCCGUACUUAUAUAAGCUUCCAUUAGAGCUCGGGACAUUUCACCAGCUGUUUAAGCACUUGGGCACUGAAGAUGUUGUUUCUACAAAACAGCACACUGAAGUUCUUAGUCGAAUAUUUAAGAACUCUGAAGGAAAACAGCUUGAUCCUAAUGAAAUGCGAACAGUAAAGAGAGUUGUUUCUGGAUUACUCAAAAGUCUUCAGAAUGACUCAGCUAAGGUGCGUAAUGAUCUAGAAACUAUCCGUGAUGUUGCACUGUAUCUGCCAAGUCAAGAUGGAAGGCUGGUGAAAUCGAGCAUUCUAGUGUUUGACGAUGCUCCACAUUACAAAAGUAGAAUACAAGGUAACAUUGGUGUCCAAAUGCUUGUCGAUCUCAGUCAGUGCUAUAUGGGGAAAGAUCAUGGCUUCCACACAAGAAUAAUAAUGCUUCUUCCUCAGAAAUUGAGACCAAGACUUCUUAGUAGUAUACUCGAAGAACAGUUAGAUGAGGAAACACCAAAAUCAUGCCAGUUUGGAACAUUGUGUUGUUUGCAAGGAAGAUUACAAUUGUUGCUGUCAUCUGAGCAGUUUAUCACAGGACUGAUAAGGAUCAUGAAGCAUGAAAACGACAAUGCGUUUCUAGCAAACGAGGAGAAAGCAAUCAAGCUUUGCAAAGCCUUGCGUGAAGGUCUGAAGGUAACGUGUUUUGAGAAGCUGCAGACAACAUUACGUGUAAAGGGAUUCAAUCCAAUUCCACACAGCAAAAGUGAGACGCUGGCGUUUCUGAAGCGAUACGGCCAUGCAGUCAUUUUGCUUUACAUACAACAUUCAGAUAGCAAAGAUAUCAAUUUCUUGCUAGCGUUGGCCAUGACUUUAAAAUCUGCAACGGACAAUCUAAUUUCUGACACGUCCUAUUUAAUUGCUAUGUUAGGAUGCAACGACAUAUACAGAAUCAAUGAAAAACUUGACAGUUUGGGAGUUAAAUAUGACUCCUCAACUGAGCAGUCAAAACUAGAGCUUCCCAUGCCUGGCACUCCGAUCCCAGCAGAAAUUCACUAUACGCUUCUCAUGGAUCCAACAAAUGUUUUUUACCCCGGUGAAUAUGUUGGCUAUCUAGUUGAUGCUGAAGGAGGAGACUCCUUUGGGUCGUACCAACCAACCUACACAUAUGCAAUUAUUGUUCAAGAAGUGGAAAAAGAAGAUGAAAACUCUGAGUUCCUGGGGAAGUUUUACCAGAUUGAUAUUGGAUAUAGUGAAUACAAAAUUGUCAGUUCCCUCGAUUUGUAUAAGUUUUCAAGACCAGACGAGACUGCCCAGAAUAAAGACAGCACUCCUUCAACACCAACAAGCCCAACAGAAUUUCCACCACCUGGUCCUAGGACAGCGCCAUCUUUUCCUGGUAAAGAAAGCAACAAAACAUCUUCUUCCAAACACCAGUCUCCUAAAAAGAUCAAGCUGAAUUCUUUGCCAGAAAUCUUGAGAGAAGUUACCUCCAUAAUGGAGCAAGCCUGGAAACUUCCUGAAACUGAAAGAAAGAAGAUUAUUAGGAGGCUUUACCUAAAGUGGCACCCUGAUAAAAACGCAGAAAACCUAGACAUAGCAAAUGAGGUUUUCAAACAUUUGCAGAAUGAAAUAAACAGACUCGAGAAGCAGGCAUUUGUGGAUCAAAAUGCAGACAGAGCUGCUAGAAGAACAUUCACAUCCUCAUCAUCAUCAAGGUUCCAGUCUGAAAAAUUUUCAUUCCAAAGAUUUUAUACUUCCUGGAAUCAGGAGGCCACAAGCCAUAAAUCAGAAAGACAACAAUACGAUGAGAAGUUUUCUUCCUCCAGCGGGUCAUACGAUUCUAAACGAUUUUUCGUACCCCCCACAUUUAAGUCUGUGGGGAACCCAGUGGAGGCACGCAGGUGGCUAAGGCAGGCCAGAGCGAAUUUUUCUGCUGCAAGGAACGACAUGCACAAAAAUGCCAACGAGUGGGUCUGUUUUAAGUGUUACCUGUCUACUAAGUUAGCCUUAAUUGCUGCAGACUAUGCCGUUCGAGGAAAGUCAGACAAAGAUGUAAAACCAACUGCCCUUGCACAGAAAAUAGAAGAAUAUGGUCAACAGCUUAGCGGACUUACUAACGAUGUUCAGACAUUAGAAGCUUAUGGUGUGGACAGUCUGAAAACUCGCUAUCCUGACAUGCUCCCCUUUCCACAAAUUCCAAAUGAUAGGUUUACAUCAGAAGUUGCCACGAGAGCCAUGGAGUGCACUGCGUGCAUCAUAAUAAAACUUGAAAAUUUUAUACAUAAUAAAUUAUGAGUUUGAAACAAUUCAGAGCUUCUUAAUAUGCAAUCAUAGCAGAUUGAAGUCUCACGCAGUGUAACAAUGAUUGCUUUAAAUGUCAGUGUUUUCCGUGGAAUUAAUUUCUAAUUCUAAGGCAAGCCCUACUAUCUCGCAGCAGUGGCCACCUGAUGAAUUGAUAUAAGUGCAAUAACUUAUAAUAUAGGGACAACGCUGAAUAUAGGAUGCAGUUGUCAAAAUGUAUGGCAUAGUACUUAUUUUUAUACUUUGUGUAAUGCUAAAUGAAUGUGUUUUAUAAAACACAAGAAAAAGGACUUCAAACAAAAGUAUGUAUGUAUGAAAUAGUAUAUUCCUGCAAAUAUUUUUUGUUCCUGUUCGUCAUGGAGCCGUGUACAUAAAUGUCAGCCUCGACAAAAAGCUGUGUACGCUGAGAAGAAAAAAGGGCAGCGGUCCUGGCAAGCUGGCUCGUUCAUUUUAAUGCAAGGGAACUCAUGUAAGCUAAAAAAGCACCCUGAUAACAUGUAAUUAUUAGCCCAACAUGCUUGAUGUACAGUAACUAUACAAUCCUGUCAAACAAAAGAUUAGCUGGUUCACUACCCGUUUAGGGUAAGAUUAACUCAUUGCCUUUCUUCCCGUGAUUCACUCCCU